AUGAGUGGAUUGGCGGUCUUCAAGGUCGGUCUGCCGACGGGUUACGUGACGCUAAAUGAUGAGCUACGCAUGUACGUGCAAAGUGGCCAAGUGCCGAAUCUGCGCUACGCUCGCUGGAGGCCUAAAGUGAUUCACUUCUUCUUUGAUUCGGUAUGGCUACACGACCCAACAGCUCUUUUAUGA